AUGGCACAAGGCAUUAUCCCCUGCUUUGUUUGCAUUAUCCAAAGAGCCACUGGCACAGAAGAUUAUAAACGACAAUAUACGAGUAUACAAAUUAACGAAACAGACCACAAGCUAGCACUCUAUGCUGAUGAUGUUCUACUUACACUUUCCAACAUGGAAACAUCAUUACCAAAGACGCUAGAGACAUUUUCAGACUUUAGGCGAGUCUCCAACUUACUCCUAAAUGUCACAAAAUCUGAAAUGUUAAACAUAUCAUAUGAAGAACAAACCCUUAUUCAGCUUACACCGAACUGCCAUCUCAAGAGACAAAAAUCAAAACUGCUUGCAUACCAGCUCCCAACCGUCCCAGACCUGUUGGAGUUGUCAUGGGUUCGGAAGUAUGCCUUUGAACACACUGAUACUGUCUACAAAGAGUGGAUCCCAAAUACAAAUUUUGAUAAUGCUUCAAACUGGAUUGGAAACAGAGUCCCUUGUUCUAAGGAUGAAGUGUUUUUUGAAAAAGAUAAGAAAGUUUCCGUCUAUGUUCAGGCAUCCCACUCCCUGACUGAUAUGUACCUGCCAUUGGAUGGAGAGUUUAUUCUGGCACCUGAGUCUGGAUUCUCAGCGUCACCUGGCAACAAUCCGGACUGUGAGAGAGGAUCAUCCAUAUAUUUCCAUGAUGCUGACCAAUAUCUGUGGGUUGAUCCUAGCGUGUGGAAAUCAGCUCUUUACACAGAUGAUCCUGAGAUGAGCAAAUCUCUGUUUUCCGUGGAUGCCGAGCGUAUUCCCUGCCAGCAUGAUGAUGUUAUCUUUACACCUGAGACAUCUUUCCGAGUGAACUUCAUGAUAAGCAUAUCUGAAAUUCAAGUAAAAAGCAUUUCUGUUCAGGGUCGGAGGUUUAUCAGUGAUGAAGAGUUUGCACAGCACCUGCAGACAAACACAGGGAAGUUACAAUUCCCCAGCCCAGUUCAAAUCAAGAUAACAAAUUCCAGAUGUAACGACAAAACCGGCUGCGUCUGUGGAAAUGACAGGAUGAUACAAGAAAUUUGCUCCGCACUGAUGCAGCAUACUGACAACAAGUGUCCUGAGGCAUCAUGCGUAAAUCCCCUGAAGCUCAUUGGCCACUGCUGUGAAAUUUGUGGUGCCGCUAUAUAUCUGGAAUACACAUCUGACUUUGACUUGGACAUAUAUAGAAAUCGUCUCAUUCACACCUUUCUAAGUCUGCCAACAUACUCUGGAGUUAAACUAGCAAUCUCCAAGGUGCAGAGGCCGCAGAGCCCCCUGGGAAUUCUUCCAGUAGAAUCAGCUUCAGAAAUACAGAUUGUGUUAAUAGAUGACAAGAGUGGAUCACAGACAGGAAGUGAUGCGCAACAGCUGGCCUAUGACAUCAUGUCUGAUAUAGACAGCAAUGGCAAAUCAUUUGGCAUCAUGAAAGGGACAGUACACAUAGCCACUGGCAGUACAUCCAGUGCCCAGCAAGGUCACAUGACUGCAGGAUAUAUAGCUGGGCUCGUCCUGGGUAUAUUUAUUUGCAUUGCGUUGGUGGGGCUCACCUUUUUCCUCUACAGAGCGGGUAAAUUAAGCUUUCCCUCUACCAGAAGUUUAUCUUUUUGGCGUCGCAAAUCUGAAUCCGAAGAUGAGCACAAUGUUGAAAACAAUGGAUUUGAUAAUCCUAUCUUUGCAGAAAACCUGCAGAACUGUCCUGAUGUGCCUGAAAUAUGUACUACUGGGAAGGACAAGCCUAAGGAAGUCACCCUCAAACAAAGUGAUACUAAUUUUAGCAACCCUCUAUAUGAUGCCUCUUCAAAUGACGUUUAAGUACAGUCACUGCCACAUUCUGCCCAAGCUACAGCCUGGAAAGGACCGAUUUGCUACAGAAAUGGUUUCCCCUAAUAUAUAAUUACAAAAAGCAUUUGGCAACAAUGGAACAUUACAGACCUCUUGCUUAUUAUUCCUGUGUAGCUACAGUAGAUGGUAGCAUAAUUACACCAACAUGUGAAUUUUAAUAUUAUAAAGGAAUUAUAUUGAUAAUGUAAAUUACAUUAAAAGAAAACAAAGUAUUAAA